AUGCUACAAGGAAGCUUUGAUAAAUUGGAGCAAUUUGCAGCUGAAACAGUCAAGGAGAUAGAACAGGCAGGCAGUAAUACUUUGGAUAGGACAGUCGAUGGGGUUGUAAGCCGGAUACGAGAUGCUACUAAAUCAACAGUUGAUGAAGUAAAGAAGACAAUUAAUGCAGACAAGUUACUGACAGAUGCUGAGAACUUGGGAGGAGAUGCCUCAGCUGUUUUGACAGAUUUACAGAGCAUUUCUACCACACUAGUUAUUAUAAAUGAACUCAAUACUAAGAUAACGGAUACACUAAGAAGUGUCAAAAAUGCAGUCAAUGAUACCUGUAUUAGUGAAAACCUCCCUGUUUCAUGUCCUGUUCCUUCUCUGGAUGCUGGGACAAACUUUGCAGGUAUAACUAGUUUAAGCGACGAAAUCAGUAACAUGAAAGGAGCCCAGGGAAUCGUCAAUGAAACUCAGACGGCUAGAGCACAAUUUAAUCAACUUCAGGAAGAUAUAUAUACUGAUAUAAACAAGGAAAUAGAUGAUGCUGUUAAUCGCUCUAAAGCAAUAACAGAGCAGGUUUCUGGUCAGCUGAAUACAGUUAAUCAAACAGUACAGCCCUUUGUGGAUUCCAUAAGCCAAAAUGUAGAUCCACAGUUACAAGACCUCGACACCUACCUGAAGGAAUAUGGUGAUUACUUGUGGUAUGGUGGUAUAGCCAUUCCCUGUGUGGUGAUCUUGGCAGUCAUGUUCUACUACAUUGGUAUAAUGUUUGGUACGUUUGGGGAUCGGCCAGGUGUUGGAGCUCAGUGCUGUAACAAAGGAGCAGGCAGUAAUCUCCUUGUAUGUGGUGUGGUGUGGUCAUUCCUGUUUGCCUCCAUCCUUAUGUUGGUCGUACUGAUAAUGUUUCUGGUGGGAGGAGGUAUUUAUGGUAUCAUGUGUCGUGAACUCAACAAGGGUGUGGAAAAUGUCCAGCUUUAUGAACCAGUGGUGGAUGAGGUUUUAAAUAUACAGAUCAGCAAGCUUCUGUAUGACAACAAUGCCCCAGCCAAUCUCACCUUGGGAGGAAUCCUUGAUGACUGUAAGAACAACAAGGCCCUGUACACAGCUGUCAAACUGAAGCACCUGUUUGAUUUGGAUGCCCUGCUCAACACCACAGAAGUUACUGCAGAGAUUGACAAGGUGAUGGAAAAUACACUACCAAACAUUGGUAACAUCAGUAUAAUUCCAACAGAUUUAAAGAAUAAACUUAACGAAUUCUCAAACUCAGGUGUGGCUAGUAUCAACUUUACACAGUACACAACUCAGCUGGACAAACAAAUCCUUACAUCACCUCUUAGUGAAGCAAUUACUGAUCUUAAUCAUGCAGCAGCAGCCACAGAUCCAACUAAUACCGCUGCAUCAGAAAGCCUAAGGAACCAGUCUGUUAUCUUACAGAACUUAGAAAAUGAGGAAAUAGCAAAUAUGAGUCAACAGUUUACAUUACAGCAGGUGACCAGAAAUAUAUCAUCAUAUGUUCAGCUUGAGAUAGAUGGAGUAAAGAAUCAGAUAAAGAACAACAUUGGAAAGUGCCAGCCACUUUAUGCUGCCACUCAAACGGCUUCAGAUGCCUUCUGUCUCAUCACUCUCGACCCAUUUAAUGGUUUCUGGUUUGGUCUGGGCUGGGGUCUAUCAGCAUUCAUCUUCUGUAUGGUUUUUGCACUGUGUCUGGCCAGUCUCUACCAACGGGAGGAACCCUAUGAUAAGUUGUUGGAUAUGAGUAGGAAAAAGGCCAGGCAAACUCAGCAGCUGGACAGUCCUGACAUGGAGAUGUACCAAGGUCAGACUGGUUACAAUGCCUACAGUCACCAAGACAACGUGCCAUUGACCAGCAUGGAGGCAGGUUAUCAAAAAGGUGGGAGAAGCAGGGGCGUGCCAAACGCAGCCUACGACAAUGGGCAGCACCAGGAUCCUUACUUACGUUAUGGUGAGGGUGGUUAUGACUAUAAUGGUUCCGAUCGCCCCCCCUCAUACCACGAAAGUGGCAAAUACCCACAACAUCCUAUGCAUGGUGGCUAUCCAGUGUUGCCACAGCAGCAAAAGUAUUACUAA